GGAAACUGAGACCCAGAGAGAGACAGUAACAUGCCCAGGGUCACCUCCAACAUGCAGACUCCUGCCAUGAUGUCUCUGCUGCUUGUGUCCCUGGGCCUCAUGGAAGCACUCCAGGCCCAGAGCCACCCCAUCACGCGACGAGAUCUCUUCUCUAAAGAAACACCCCUGGACAUGGCCCCUGCCUCCUUUGACGACCAGUACACCGGCUGUGCAGCAGCCAUGACAGCUGCUCUCCCGGAUCUCAACCACACGGAGUUCCAGGCCAACAAAGUGUACGCUGACAGCUGGGUGCUGGCAAGCAGCCAGUGGCAGGAGCGCCAGGCCUGGGGGCCGGAGUGGGGCCUCAGCCCUACCCACCUGCCCCCGCGGCCCCCCGGCUUCCGCGAUGAGCACGGGGUGGCCCUCUUGGCCUACACAGCCAACACCCCCCUGCACAAGUUGUUCAACGCAGCCGUGCGUGAGGCGGGCCGCUCCCGGGCCCACUACCUCCACCACUUUCCCUUCAAGACACUCCAUUUCCUGCUGACCGAGGCCCUGCAGCUGCUGGGCAGGGGCCAGCGUUCGCCCCAGUGCCACCAGGUGUUCCGAGGGGUGCAAGGCCUGCGCUUCCGGCCAGCAGGGCCCGGGGCCACCGUGAGGCUGGGGGGCUUUGCCUCUGCGUCCCUGCACAACGUUGCAGCCCAGCAGUUUGGUGAGGACACCUUCUUUGGCAUCUGGACCUGCCUCGGGGCCCCCAUCAAAGGCUACUCCUUCUUCCCGGGGGAGGAGGAGGUGCUGAUCCCCCCCUUCGAGACCUUCCAGGUGAUCAAUGCCAGCAGACCGGCCCAGGGCCCUGCCCGCAUCUACCUCCGGGCCCUGGGUAAGCGCAGCACCUACAACUGUGAGUACAUCAAAGACAAGCAGUGCAAGUCUGGGCCCUGCCGUCUGGAUAACUCAGCCAUGGGUCAGGGCCCCCUUUCUACAGUCUGGUCCCUUCUGCUGCUGCUCUGGUUCCUUGUGGUGGGGGCCUUUCCAGAGAGUCCAGGCCUCCUCUGAUCC